AUGUCAUCGUGGAAAAAAGCUGCCAAGUCUCAUCAAAAAAAUCAUAGAGAACGACAUCAACCUGAAAAUCGAGCUCAUUUAGGUUUACUUGAAAAAAAAAAAGAUUAUAAAUUAAGAGCUGAAGAUUAUAAUAGAAAAAAAAGAACCCUACGAUUGUUGAGAAAGAGAGCUUUAAAUAAAAAUCCAGAUGAAUUUUAUUUUCAUAUGAUUAAUUCUAAAAUUGAAGAUGGCAUUCAUCAUGAACUUGAAAAAGAUGAUGAACAUACACCUGAACAAUUGAUGUUAAUGAACACUCAAGAUUUAAAAUAUAUAACAAUGAAAAGAACUAUGGAAAUGAGAAAAAUUGAAAAUUUACAAGCACAACUGCAUAUGUUAGAUGUUGCAAACGAUACUCCUAAUGAACAUGUUUUUUUUGUCGAUUCCAAAGAGGAAGCAAAAAAUUUUGAUGUUGUCAAGCAUUUGGAUACUCAUCCUUCACUACUCGAUCAAAGAAUUAAUAGAAUAAAAUUAGAUGAAUUAAGGAAAAUGAAAUUAAAUAUAGAUGAAGAAAGUAUAAGAAAUAUAGCAAAUCAAAAAAAGAAAAUGUACCAAAAGCUUGCUAAAAGAGUAGAACGAGAAAAAGAAUUAGGAAUAAUACAACAAAAGUUGGAAAUUAAGAGGCAUUUGAUCGCUUCAAAACAUCUUCAACCUAAAAAAAUUAGAAAUGCUACAAAGAAGUCAGCUGCAAUUUACAAAUUCAGUUCUGAAAGAAAAAAAUAA